CACUAAUAUUUUUCAAUUUCAACAACUCAUCUCCUUACUCUGUUUUUCUCAUCGGAGACUCCGUCGGAGAGGGAAAAGAAAAACGAGCACCAAGUCCAACCGGAGAGAGAAAUGGCUGCUUCCGAUACUCAAUUUGAUGUAAUAGUCGUCGGUGCCGGCGUAAUGGGCAGUUCGACGGCGUACCAUCUCGCUAAAACAGGGAACAGAGUUCUGCUUCUCGAGCAAUUUGAUUUUCUUCAUCACAGAGGCUCUUCUCAUGGUGAGUCUCGUACCAUACGCGCCACCUAUCCAGAGGAUUAUUACCAUGACCUCGUUAUGGAAUCUUACGAGCUCUGGCGGAUGGCGGAGGCGGAAAUUGGCUUCAAAGUCUACUAUCCGGCGGAACAGCUCGAUAUCGGCCCUUCCAACAGCGAAAGUCUCACUGCCGUCGUUGAUACCUGCCUGAAGCAUUCGAUCCCUCAUCUCGUUCUUGAUCGUGGGGAACUGAUGGAGAAGUAUUCCGGCAGGGUGGAGAUUCCGGCGAACUGGGUGGCGGUGUGCAGUAAAUACGGCGGCGUAAUUAAGCCAACGAAGGCGGUUUCGAUGUUCCAAACUUUGGCUUACAAAAACGGGACCGUUUUAAAGGAUAAUGCGGAAGUAGUGGAGAUUAAGAGAGAUGAGAGUAAUGGAAGAAUAGUUGUUUCCACAGCCAAUGGGGAGAGUUUUCAUGGAAAGAAAUGUGUUGUGACUGUUGGAGCUUGGAGUAAAAAGUUAGUUAAAUUAGUUGGUGGGAUUGAAUUGCCAAUUCUGCCAUUGGAGGUUAGUGUUUCCUAUUGGAGGAUCAAGGAAGGGUUCGAGGCCGAGUACGCGAUCGAAGGGGGCUUUCCAACAAUGGCUAGUUAUGGCAAACCGUAUGUUUACGGAACACCAUCAUUGGAGUUUCCGGGGUUGAUUAAGGUAGCCAUACAUGCUGGAUAUUCGUGCAACCCGGACAAGCGGUCGUGGGGGAGAGAAGGGCGGCUACCGAUAGUUGCGUUAAAGGAGUGGAUAGACGAGAAGUUUGGGGGGAGGGUGGAUUCAAGUAGACCGGUGUCGUCGCAGUUGUGUAUGUACUCGAUGACUCCAGAUGAGGACUUUGUGAUUGAUUUCUUGGGAGGGGAAUUUGAAAAGGAUGUGGUGAUUGGUGGUGGGUUUUCGGGGCAUGGGUUCAAGAUGUCACCGGCGAUCGGGAGGAUACUAGCAGAGCUUGCAUUGAAGGGGGCGGCGGAGGGGGUGGAGCUGAAGUAUUUCAAGUUAGCAAGGUUUGAAGAGAAUCCAAAAGGUAAUGUCAAGAGCUUUGCAGAUCAAGUAAAGCUUCACCAGAAUGAUUAAUCUCAAAGGGCAUCCAGUGGUUUACUUUGUUUAAUUCUUCUUUCUCUCGUGAAUCUGAACAUUGAAUAACUCCUCAACUCUUUAUUAAUCCAACCAAAUUCAAAGCAAGUUUUAAAUUUCAAUUCA